AUGAGUGUAUGGAAUAUUACCGCACGGGCAUUUGGUUAUGUGGACCCGAACUUUCCUAAUCCUGGCGGAGAAAAUGAUACCAGCAUCAUUAUCUAUGGGUAUACACCUUCGAUCGCCAUCGCAGCUUUUGCAGCCUCAUGGUUCUUUCUUCACCUGAUCACUCAUACUGCACGAACUUUCAAGUAUCGAAGUUGGUGGUGGUUGACAUUUUCCACCGGUCUGGUCUUCGAGAUAGUAGGCUAUAUCGCAAGGAGCCUAUCAGCCAAAAAAGACCCAUAUCAUCUGAUCUACUUCGUGCUCAAUUAUUUCUUCAUCGUUACUGCACCAGUAUUCCUUGCUGCUGGCGUAUACACCAUUCUCUCGGCGCUUAUAGCUAGGCUUGGAAAUAAGUACUCCUUCUUACGCCCUACCUUCAUUUUAGCUUUCUUCAUCACCUCCGACACGAUCUCAACAAUUAUACAAGUUGCUGGUGCGUCUUUGGUUGGCGUUAAGGAGUCUCGACACCAGGAUCCCACGACGGCAAACAAUAUUCUUCUCGCUGGCCUUGCGUACCAAGUCUUUGCUAUGAGCAUUUUUGUUAUGUUGAUGGCAGCUUUCGAAUUUCGCGCUCGCCAUGCGAUUAGAGAACACGGGCUGCAAGUGUUUUGUCUCUCUUUCUCCGUAUCCACUCUCAUGAUUUAUAUGCGAACUAUCUUCCGUCUUAUUGAGACAGCUGAAGGUUUGGGAGGAAAACUAUCAACACAUGAGGUUUACUUUGCAUGUCUCGAAUUUGCGCCCAUUGCGCUUGUGGCUCUUCUGUUCUGUAUUUGGCAUCCUGGUCGCUGUCUUGGGGCAAAGGUACGUUCUACCAACGAAAAACACCGAACGUGA